AGGGUGUGGGCAUGUGUGCCUCCGUCUAUGAUCGAAUACCGGGGAAACUCCCCGUUAGCAUAGCUUCUGGUUAACAUCAUAUGGUAAACAGAAGACAAAUUCCUUCAAGUGUACUACUGACUCAGAAUGUAGAUUUUCGGCUAAAUUCAGGCGGAGUGGAGUUGUGUAUAGCUACCGAAUACUGAGUGAUACAUGGUGGUCCCGUGCUAGCGGACUGUGAGUAAUGGCGGAAGCCAGUCCUCCAUGCCAGCUUCUAGAGAUGAACAAGACAUGAAUAAUCCCGACAGGAAGCAGUUUAUGUAAGACUUUGUACGCCUUGUCUGACAUCUAGCUAUUUCGGCUUUAAAGAGUCGUUCAUGUGAGUGCCAGAAGGGAAAAGAGAAGUUAUUGUGUAGCUGUCAGCCUCCAGUCGUCACGGGGAACGGCACCUCUUGUUAGUCUGAUCAGAUCAGUGCCGUCGGGUAUAACAUGUGUGACGCUCCGGACACCACCGUGGUCCACGUCCCUCCUGGAUUUACCGGACCAAGCGAAUCGGGAAACAAACCGACCUUCUGGGGACCAAGGAAGAGAUUGUGCAGCCGAACUGGCUUUAACUUGUGCAUAGCCCCAACAGGAAAGGUGUAUGGCACUUACAAAGAGUCGGACAAAAAUGCGAACUUGGUCCUGGAAAGUGCGUCUCCUGGAAUUGUAUCCAUCAGAGGAGAGGAGUCCAACCUUUACUUAGGCUUCAACAACAAAGGUCGGCUGGUAGGGAUGGCAGCUCUGGGGGAAGAGUGUUUAUUUGAAGAGAGAAUUCUACCGAUUAUGUACAGCGUCUACUUGUCACACAAAUACGCCGACAAACACUGGUACAUCGCCAUCAACAGACGGGGCAAAGCCAGGAACGGGAAAAGGACAAGACUGGAGAAGAAAUCGAGCCACUUCUUGCCUCGGGAAAUCACGGACGGCGUGUGAGACUUGUGUUACGCCAUCAACUUUCAAGUUAAAGGAGACCAAUCAUCCAGACUAUUCAAACGGACUACGACCGCCAGAUUUGACUGUCGGACUCUUAGUUUUCGCUAUAUAUAUCGUGCGUGUUAUUUCAUUGGUUUAGUUCAGACAGAAGGCUUCACAUGGGUAGCACCGGUUUUAACCGGUGGUCGAGGCACACUUUAUACAUUCUACUAUACACGGUGUCAUAUUUUGUAAUCAUUGCUCCGCCGUUAUGUAAUAAGGUGAUCGCUUUGCCUGCCUGUUUUACUAUAACUGUUACUCUGACACGCAUCAUGAACUGUCAGAUUUGACAUGUGGUCUUGGUGUGCGACGCGCUGCUCACAUAUGUUAAAGUGACACUGGUAAGACACGCUGCACCUGUAAGCCAACUAGAUACAAACACACCAUCUGCAAGUCUACACCACUACCACGUUCUGUGGUAAGCUCUAGGUCAAGGUCAGGUCAAAGGUUAGCCGUAACUAGGAAGGUUUUUUAGUGAAUGAAAAGGGCAAACACUUGAUCUGACUUCCUACCAAACUUCUGGCUGUUAUGUCUAAUACAGAUGACGACCUCGAAUCAAACACUCCCGUCAGUUUUGCUCGGUUCCUGUGUACGCCACGGUAACCUUAACAAUAUAGCAUUGCACAUUACAUGUGUGUGGCAACGAAUUUUUUAUUUAAAAGACUUCUAAUAAUAAUUUGCUUUAAUUAUUUUAGAUAGUCAAAUUUUCACUCGUCUUUCACAUCAACAAAAAAGCAUUUGUUAUUACCCGUAGUGCCCCAAGGGAUAUGUUAGUAUUGUCUAUAGUUGAUCUUGAACUUAAACUGCAUCUUCAACGACUUCCCUACAUAGGUCAAUGCGGUUAUAAGCCUCUGUACGAUGAAGUCCACUUACAUACGUCAGCUUGCAUACAGUGUCUUAAGUUACUGUUGGGGUUAACACAUGCGCAUUAAAUCAUCGAUUUACACCUGUAGUCUUAAGGGAUACACAGUAAGGAACUACAAAGGAAGUUUAUGAUGUUAAAGGUAAUCGAAGAUAGUUAUGCUAAAGAUAAUGAAAACAAAUAAUCCUUUUUGUCCAUAUUUUGUAUCUCUUAGGAACGCCUCAAUUUUAUGCAUAUGUUCCAUCAAUCGUCGGAAACCUUCGAAAAUAAGAGUUCUAUAGACGGCUAUCGCAGUUCAUGUCACAAUUGCAGGUUACUUUAUAUCCACAUUAACCGAUGGGGCCGUAGGAAUACUGUAGUUUAAAGUCAUCUUUAAGCCCCAAGAAGAAAGCUGGGGAUAUCCUCUGCAUAUACGUGCUCCUAUAUACAUGUAUGUUCGACAUCGCGAAAAUUGUACUAUGCCGGCACUCUACCUGAGGAUGCAGAACCUGGAAGCAACGACAAUUAUCACUAAAUGUGCACUGAAUACAGAAAUAAAUCCGCAUGUUCUCUAUACGGUGUCAUUUACACACCGUAUCUAAGCUUAGGAAGUUAUUAAAAUUCUGCAAUACUGCAUUGUGCAAGUCAUCUGUUUACAGCAAAGCAAACCACCUCCUGAUUACUCUGGUGAAACAGGCUAGGGUACAGAUCUGUAGUUACAAAGUGUGCAUAGGAGGCCGUGUAUAAUUGUUAAGGUACGUGUAAACCAACUACAUGUGUCUAGAAAAGAUGCUGACCAAACUGUCCAGGCUGCUAUGCAGGCCAACGAACUGUAUAUACCUCUCUCUGCAUAUAUAAACACAUGUACAAUGUACUUUUUAAGAUCCAUUUAUACUAGAUCAUACAUCAUACAAUCAAUGGAUUCAGUUGAAACCAAUCACGAUUGAAACUGUAAAAUAUUUCCGACCAGGCGAACAAUAGAAUAUGUAACAGAGUUAUGCUAACUUACGCAUACAAUUCUCAUGGCGUCAAAUACAGUUAUUUUCACUAUAA